AACAACAACAACAACAACAAUCUUUGUGUUAACAUUAGAUGGAAAGAGGGAUAUGGAAAUCAAAUGUUGAGUUAGUACCAACAUGUCCACGUUGUGGUUCAACAAACACAAAAUUUUGUUACUACAACAACUAUAGUUUGACACAACCUAGGUAUUUUUGCAAAGGUUGUAGAAGGUAUUGGACUAAAGGUGGUUCUUUAAGGAAUGUUCCAAUUGGUGGUGGAUGCAGAAAAAGUAGAAGAGGUAAGUCUUCUUCUAGUACAAUUCAUCAACAUGGUCUUAUUUCAAGAAAUUUGGGACAUGGGGUUUCUUUAAAUCAUACUAAUAUUGAUCAUCAUAAUCAAUCCAAUAGUACUAAUUCAUUGGAUCAUCAUCAUGGUCCAACUAUUGAUCUUGCUUUAGUCUAUUCAAAUUUCUUGAAUAGUAGUGAUAAUUCCAAGCCAUCACAAUCGGAGAAUCAUCAGAAUCUUGAACUAUCUGAUGAUUUAUUAUUGCCUAAUCAAGAAGGAGUACUAGUCGCUCCAUCAUUUGAGUUUUCAACUAUGAUAGAUCACAUGGAGUUCAUGACGAGCAAUUUAGGUCAAGAAUCGCGAUUCAUUGGUGAUGGUGUUUAUUUUAGUGGGAUUCAUGAUGAGAAGCAAGAUAUUAUGAAUCAUAGUGAUGUUCAUGAUGAUCACUAUACAAAUAUGAAUAAUGUGGAUGUCAAUAAUAUUAUCAACCAUGAUCAAUUAGGUAACAAUCUUAUGGAGCUACCUCCAUUGCCUUGUGAAGAUAUAAUAUGGUCUAAUAAUGCACAUGGUCAUCAUGAUAUGGUAUUUCCUAAUGAUAUUCUAAGUACAAGUCAUAAUUUAUCAUCCGAACGACCAGAGCCAGAGUCAGAAUUAGCAAAAGAAGAUCUGAGUCAUGAUCAUAGCGCGAAUAUUGCAAAUGAUGAGAGCCUUUUCAACUUGUCCAAUUUUGGAAAUAUUUUUAGGCCUUGA